UAGAGUGGAAGCGUUUCAAAGACCACAAUAAAUGCUAGAACAAUUAAACGCCUAUAAAACUAUGAAAAGCCCCAAAACAACAUUAAAAAUUAAAAAUCAGACUAUUUUCUCCGUCUAGUGCAUCUUUCGAAAAUGGCGGCCAGAUCAACAUCCGCUCUCUUCCUGUCCUGUAUGGUAUCUUGCGUGUUCAUGUUGCUUGUAACCAAUGUAAUAAAAGCAGAGGGUGGUAGCAAAUUGCCAGUCUGCGGAAACAGAGAAGGAUGCGGAGGCAUAUGGUGUAAAGACCCAAAAAGACCAGGCAAAGGAAAAUGUAUCACGUGGACUUGUGACUUACAGGAGGAUUGUAAGAAGAUUGUUAUUUGCGGGGGUGGAUUACCAGGGCCUUUUUGUAUGGAAGGAUUAUGCACUUGUUAAAGAAAAACUCAUGUUUUUAAUAUGAAAGUAUCAAUGGAAUAAUAAGCACAGAGUUGCGAAAUUCUGUUUACUGACUGGAUCUGUAACCGAUGUCACGAUGUGUGACGACAUAAACAUCCGUCGGCACGAGACUUUUCCAGUUUUCCUUGUCAUUGACUUGUUAUG